GACCAGCUCUCUCCUUCGUGACGGGGGAGAUAUUCACAAGACCACCACCAACUCAAACAGCAAAUGCAGAGGCAGAGCUCCCCGAGGAGCGAUAGUUGCCCUUUCAACCGUCUGUGGAAUAUGCGCUAGUAUCUGUGGAAAAACGACAUCUGUUCUGCUCCCGCCAUGUCGCUCUUAUCGAAGUUGGCCACUUCCAUUAUCACUUUCGUGGUAGCUGUGUUCCUGCUUCCCAAGUUCGGUUCCUAUACUAUCGGAUUCGCCUUACGCACCCUUGGCUGGUCUAUACAGAGAAGAACAACAGAUAGGAGGCAGGCAAUACUCGACCGUGUCCGCGUUGAGCGGGAGGACUUCGAUUCGAAACGGGACAAACGGACCUCGAAGAGUUCUGAGGAUGAGGAGUGGGAGAAGGUCGAUGACGCCGCUCCAGGAACUCCGCCCAAGGGCAAAGGGGCAGAGGAUGAUUGGGACGGGAUAGUUGGCUUCUUCCAUCCAUUUUGCAACGCAGGUGGAGGAGGGGAACGUGUACUUUGGGAGGCCGUCCAUGCGACGCAGAAACGAUGGCCCAAGGCUACUUGCGUUAUCUAUACCGGAGAUCACGAAGUUGGAAAGACUGAAAUGGUGGAACGAGUCAAGAACCGCUUCAACAUCCAACUUCACCCGCCAACGCUCGUGCUACUAUAUCUGUCGACGCGUAAAUACGUCCUUCACAGCAUGUACCCUUAUUUAACACUUCUGGGACAGUCGCUGGGUUCUCUGAUUGUCGUGUACGACGCGUUCAACCUACUUGUACCGGACAUCUUCAUAGACACUAUGGGAUACGCUUUUACGCUCGCAUUUUCGAAGCUUCUCUUUCCCUCUGUUCCAACGGGAGCGUAUGUCCACUACCCCACGAUAUCAACGGAUAUGCUCGAGUCGCUUGAUGACACAACCGGCACAAAAGGAAUCAAUUCUGGCGCGGGCACUGGUUGGAGAGGCUUCGCAAAGCGGAAAUACUGGCUUGCCUUCGCCUGGCUCUACGGCUGGGUUGGUGGUAAGGUGGAUGUAGUGAUGUGCAACUCCUCUUGGACGUCUGCGCAUAUCAGAACUCUCUGGGGUCCAUCCCGGAAGAGGAGAGAGCACGGAGAACCAACCGUGAUAUUCCCACCCACCGCGGUUUCAGAACUCGAAUCCUCAAUCGAGGUAAAUUCAGACACCGAAAAGGCACGAGAACCAACAAUACUGUACAUUGCACAGUUUCGCCCAGAAAAGAACCACCCUUUGGUCCUGAAGUCUUUUGCCCGCUUCCUUAACGACAGACAGAAGAACCCUGCAUCUGCAUCUCAGCCGACACCUAAACUCAUCCUCAUCGGUUCCGUGCGUCACGGCAGCCCCGACGAAACCCAUAUAUACAACCUCCGCCUCUUAGCCCAUGAACUCCGCAUCCGCGACCACACCACCUUCAUCUGCGACGCGAGCUGGCCCACUGUGCUCUCCCAUCUCCGCACCUCCUCCAUUGGCGCGAAUGCUAUGUGGAACGAACACUUCGGCAUUUGCGUUGUCGAAUACCAGGCCGCAGGUCUAAUCAGCGUUGUUCACGACUCUGGAGGUCCCCGCGAAGACAUCGUAGUCGACCUCGGCGACGGCGCCACCGGCUUCCGCGCAACUACAGAAGAAGAAUUCGCCGCUGCUUUCGAAGCCGCCCUGGCUCUACCCGAGGAAGAAAAAGUAGCCAUGCGCCAGCGCGCCAGGAAAUCCGCCCUACGAUUCACGGAGGAGGAAUUCGAUCGGAAGUGGAUCACCGAAGUAGAGAAGCUCGUAACCCUCAGAACUAAGCGGACUCGUCGAUAGAGUAUCGUAUCGGAAUUGACUUCUUUCAUAUCCCUCUUCUGUUAUCAUCUCUCUGAAGUCGCUCAGAGAUUCCAACUUUUGCUCUUGCUUUUGGUAUCUUUUCGUAUCAUAUCGUGUUGUAUUCAUAAGACCCUCGAAAGAUGGAAGAGAUGGUUCGGGGGAGCGAUGCGGAUCUUAGUCCCUUCGUCGUGUUCUUUGCUGUGUUGAUGGAUGAUAUGGUAGUUUUAUGUGUAUACCCCC